GAGUUUUACGAUUUACGUUAGUGAAACGUCAACAUCAGUAACAUGCGUAAACAUUAAACAUGGAAAUGGAAAUGACAAAUCCUAUUGACAUGUAAUAAAAGUGGGCAACUACGUGAUAAAAAACAAGAUUUUGCAGUUGUGUUAUUAAAAAAAUCAAUCUAUAUUUCCAGUAAUUAUUUACAAAAUAAGUUUGUUCGUGUCCACAAUAACAAAACAGAUUAUUGGAAGACGUUAACCAACAUAAUAGGUUUUUUGGUCUUAUUAACAAGAAAAAUGGGCACAUUUACAGUUAAGGUCCUUUAUGAUUUUCAAGGAGAAUCGAACACUGCUGAAAUGAGUAUUGUUGCAGGCGAGACAUUAACUGUAACAAGAACUGAUGUUGGCGAAGGUUGGUGGGAAGGUGUUAAUUCCAGAAAUCAGUCAGGUUUAUUCCCUGAAGCUUACGUAGAGAAAGCUUCAUCAUCGUCUCAUCCGCCAAACAUUCCAGCUCCUGUAUUGCCACCACAAAAUGACUGGGGGGAUGCUCAACAAAAUAAAGAAGAUUGGGAUGACGAUGAUGAUUGGGAUGAUGAUACUGUAUAUUCGGAAAUUGGCAACAAUCAUGGUCAAAGUCAAAGCAUUUACAGCAAUGAACAGAACCAGAAUCAAAUAUCGCAUCAAUUUGAUAAUAUGUCAUUAGGAAAUCUUAGCACUGCGGGAGACAAUAAAGGCACUAUUACCAAGAAGAGUUUAAACAUAUUUUCCUCUUAUGUGAAAAGUGGAUUAGAAGGAUAUAUUUUAGGCAAUUCUGCAAGCUUACCAGUAGGAAAUAAAAAAUUUACAAUAUUCCGUGAUAGCGACGAUGUUCUAGGAAGAUGGGAAAUAAUGUCAAAUCCCUACACUGUUCAAAUCGCGUCUCCAAAGAAAGCGUCCAAAAUGGGAGGACUCAAGUCCUUUAUAGCAUAUCAACUGACACCGUCAUUUUCCAAUGUAGAAGUAUCUAGAAGAUAUAAACAUUUUGAUUGGUUGCAUGAUAGGUUAACUGCCAAAUUUAAUGUGAUAGCAAUACCGCCUUUACCUGAUAAACAAGUAUCUGGUCGGUAUGAAGAACAGUUCAUAGAACAUAGACGUGCACAACUCCAAGAGUUCAUAAAUUAUAUGUGUAGACAUCCGGUGCUCAGUACGUGUGACGUCUGGGUCCACUUCCUUACAUGCACAGAUGAAAAACAAUGGAAACUCGGUAAAAGAAACGCCGAAAAAGACCAAAUGGUAGGUGCGAAUUUUUGUUUGUCCAUCGAAGCGCCGGAAAAAGACAUUUUACCGUCUUUAUCGGAGCCCAAAAUAGAAGAAAAUCUUAAUUAUAUCAUUAAGUUAGACCAGUGUAUAAAGAAUUUGAUGAACACUGCGCAAGACCAGCAGAAAAAGUGUGUAAAUAUGUAUAAGAGGGAGUUCAUGAGGAUCGGUGAAUGUUUUUUCGCUUUAGGUUCUUCUUUUGAGUAUAACCAACAAGGGAUGUACUCUAAAGCUUCCGUAGAUGUAAAGAAUAUAGGUACCACAUACAUGGCGAUAGGCAAGCUAUAUGGGGAACAAGCAAAAAUCGAUUGGCAGCCCUUAUUUGAUAAACUGUAUAUCUACAAAGGCAUUACCAGCGAUCUACCAGAUAUUUUAAAUCUACAGAAGCUCUCUGAGCAGAAAAAGAAAGAUUGCGAACGGAACUCACAAAAUCCUCAAACGGCUAUUGCUGAUAUCCGAAGAAGAGCUGAUGUUUUGACCUACACCGUAUUUUCUGAACUAAACCACUUCCAAAACGAAAGAGACACUGACUUAAGGUUAACAAUGAAGACUUUCCUACAGGAGCAACUUAAUUUUUACAAAAACGUCGUGCUCAAAUUAGAAGAAACGUUGGAUAAGUUUGAUUAAGUUCUUGCCUGCUUCAAUUCAGUUCUUGAUAUUUUUAUAAAAAUAUAUGAAGUGACAAUGCCUGAAGAGAUAAGCAAUAAUUUUGGUAAAAAAUAUCAAUGCUAGUCAAAUUAACGUAUCUAGUAUAUUUAUUUUUUUGUUUUAUAAUGAAACAAAUUGGUUUGUCGUGAAGAGCGUUGGAAUGAUAGUUUCUACAUUAAUCAGCUUUUAACACGUUGAACGUCAUUGUGUUCACCUGAAUAAAUAUAAACUUAAUGCUGUUUACAUAUUGAGGGAACGAAUAUUUACAUAUUUUAGCUGAUACAGUUAAGGGGCUAUCCUAGUGUAAAAGUACGAAGUUCAUAUACUUUUUUGGGAAUUUCUAAAAUAAAAAUUACUGUACCAAAUGUUUUGAAAAUUUGCAUGGGCAUUUAUUAUUCAAAGAGGUACAUGCAAAAUAAUUUUUAUAAAAAAAUAUUGAAAAUUAAACGAUUUAUGCGCCAUCUACUGGCACCGUGAAAAUAAAAACAUAGCUUCACUGCUGCAGUGAUUGGGACUAAUAGAGAUCCUGAAACAUAAAAUUUCAAAGUUAUUAUUAAAACAAGUUAUUUUCUAUACUAUACCAUCAACUAGGGGUUUUUUGAUCGGAUAAAAGAUGUCAAUUUGGCGGUUUUUGAAACUGAAAAUAUUUUAGCUAAUUUAAAAAAAAAAUUCAACACUUCGUCAUUUUUCCAAAUUUUAAUAUUUUUCAAAAAUCCUAGCUGAUGGUAUAGGAAAUAUCUUAUAUUUCAAUACAUAAUCACCUUGAAAUUUUAUGUUUCAGGAUCUCUAUUAGUCCCAAUCACUGCAGCAGUGAAGCUAUGUUUUUAUUUUCACGGUGCCAGUAGAUGGCGCACAAAUGUUUAAUUUUCAGUAUCAUUUUAUAAAAAUUGUUUUACAUAUAUACUUCUUUUUAUAAUAAAUGCUCAUGCAAAUUUUCGAAACAAUUGAGUACUUUUUAUUUUAGAAAUUCCCAAAAAAAGUAUAUGAAUUUCGUACUUUUACACUAGGAUAGCCCCUUAACCCGGGAACAGUCGCCCACUUUUCUGUCACACGAUCGGUCGCGCCUAGAUUUUAUGCAACAAUACGUAUUUAAAACAAAUUUUUAUUUUGUAGUAUUUUUAUUUACUUGUAAUUCCGUUUAUGGAAUUGAAUUCUGUCUGUCUUGAGCUUCCUACAGCCAGGUCCCAGGGAUUUUUUUGACGUCUGUCCGUCGUGUAAAUAAUCUGUCUCUGCUUCUGCCUGCUCUUCCUUCAUUCAAUCUGGCCACAUGGCUCACCUAGUCCCACUUAAACCAUGCUAUGAGGUCCAUAACAUAUGUGACGCCUGUCCUUUUUCUUAUUUCCUCGUUUUUAACCAUGUCUCUGUCAGUCCAAGUAAUGACCGUUCCAUUCUUCUUUGAGCUACCCUGAGUUUGUUAGGUGUUGCCUGGGUUAAGGAAAUUGUUUUGGUAAGGUAAGUCACUGUUAUAGUCUAGUCGCAACAUAGGGGGCCCCGUGUACACUUUUAGGUCGCCGCGAUUUGAUGGUGGUAUUAUAGGUUUUUUGGGUCGCUGAAUCCAAUGGAAGUGGUCUGGAUGCCCAAAUAUGGUGCGUUUAAUUGUAACAAAUUAUGUUAAAAUUGGGUAUUUUUCAGGAAUUAUUAGAAGCCCUGUAAAUAAAUUUAUAGUUUUAAGGUCUUCUCAGGUGUAUGUUUGGUCGCUGAAUCGAAUGCGACUAGUAGACCAGGGCGCAUCUGUAAAAAUAUUAGUACAUUUGGACGUUGAGAGGUGACUCAAAUUUUUUUGCAGAAAUUGCUUGAAAAUAUAUCAAAUAAUAAUAUUUGAGUUAUCCUCCCUCUCAAAAAGGUCCGGAACAUUGUUUAAAUAAUCAAAAUGUCAAAAAAUGAAGAAAAUAUUCGAUUUUUUUCUUCGUUUCUUGAUUAUAACUUUAAAAGUAUUCAUUUUCGAGAAAAGUUAUACUAACAUAAAAGUUGCGUAAUUAAAUUCCCUACAAUAUAGAAUUGGUUAAUAAUUUAAAAAAUAGUGACCCUUGUUGCAAAAUAGCAAUAAUUGCGAAAAAACCAUACAAAAACAAGUAUUCGCAUUUUACGUUUUUCAACCAUUUAUGCUACACUCAGGACCUUCUUAUUUCACCCAGAAAAAUUAUAUGAUACAGUAAAACAAUACUAUAAAUUUCAUUAAGAUCGGUUCAAUAGAUUUUGCAAAAUAAAUUUUGCAAUCCAGCUUUCCCAAAAAAAAUUAAUUUUUUCAAAAUGUUACAGGACUUAAAAUAAAGCAGAUAGCAAGUUGAAUUUUUUUUUGCUUAUAGAAGUGUACUGUACCUUUCAUUUGCAAUUUACAAAACUAACAUCGUGUAACUACCACGGCGUCAGGAAUUUUUUUAAAUAAACAUUAAUUAUUGGUGCUACGCGCAGGACAGCGGAUUGUUUGCUCUGAUUGGGCAUUCCAAUGACCCUUGAUAAUGAUUGAUACAUUUUAAUUUUUAUUACAUUUCGAUAUAAAUAAAUAAAUUUGUUUAUUGCAAAAUAAAAACACAUACUCUAUCCUUUGAAAUAACACUUUUUUUAGCAAAAACUUUCUUUGUUCAUAUAUUUUAACUUAGAGAAUAAAAGUUUAUUGUUUUUAAACAUAUGCAAUUGUUUAAACAAUAUUUCACAAACAAUAAUAAAAUUAUUUUGAUUUUUGUGGAAUUAAAAUAUUAAAAUACAACAAAAUAUAGAGUAAGAAAAUAAUAUAUUAGAUAAAGAUUGGAAGAAAUUUUGGUGGAAAUCAACUUGUGUGAAUCGAACACCGCUGUCCUGCGCGUAGCACCAAAAAUUAAUGUUUAUUUAAAAAAUUUCCUGACGCCGUGGUAAUUAAUCGAUUUUAAUUUUGCAAAUUGCAAAUGAAAAGUACAGUACACUUCUAUAAGCAAAAAAAAAUUCAACUUUCUAUCUGCUUUAUUUUCAGUCCUGCAACAUUUUAAAAAAAUGAAUUUUUUUGCGAAAGCUGGAUUGCACAAUUUAUUUCGAAAAAUCUAUUAAACCGAUCUUAAUGAAAUUUACAGUGUUAUUUAACUAUAUCAUAAAGUUUUUCUGGGUAAAAUAUGAAGGUCCUAAGUGUAGUAUAAAUGGUUGAAAAACGUGAAAUGCGAAUACUUGUUUUUGUAUGGAUUUUUUCGCAAUUAUUGCUAUUUUUUGCAACAAGGGUGACUAUUUUUUAAAUUUUUAAUCAAUUCUAUAUUGUAGGAAAUUUAAUUAUGCAACUUUUAUGUCAAUAUAACUUUUCUCAGAAGUGAAUAGUUUUAGUUAUAAUCAAAAAACCAAUAAAAUAAUCGAAUUUUUCUUUCAUAUUUUGACAUUUUGAUUAUUUAAAUAAUAUUCCGGACCAUUUUGAGUGGGAGGAUAACUCAAAUAUUAUUAUUUGAGUUAUUUUCAAGCAAUUUAUGCAAAAAAAUUUGAGUCACCUCUCAGCGUCCAUCUCAAAACAGAUGCGCCCUGGACUAUAUUCGCGAUUACUCAAAAUAUGUUCUUAUUUUGUUAAUAACAAAAUAAUUGUUUAUUCGUCGAAAAGCUCAAAAUGCGCUAUCUACAGCAAGUUUGUAGUCUUUUUCAUAGUAUUUUUAUACGCUAAAUCGAUUGCCACUAGUCGUGAUAGCUUAAACCACGUUCCGACUUUGUUAUUAAAAAAUUAUUGCAAAAAUAACGGUUUAUAGUACGUUCACUCACGGUUUUUGCUCUAAAUUAAAAAAAAACCACUUGGAUUGACAUGAAAUUUGUCACACACGUAGCUAACAUGUCAAUCAAAACAAGUGAUAUUGUGCCGAUGUGUGCUUUUACCCUGGGGGUGAGUUUCACCCCUUUUCGGGGGUGAAAAAAGAAACCUUUAAAAUAAGUCCGGAAGUGGAUAAACUGAUUAAUUCUAAGCAACUCUUGUUCUGUACCGUGUUUUCACCAAGUCAAUACUUUUCGAGCUAUUUGGUUUUUUUGUUGAAAAAUGAACAUAUUCACUCGUAAAAAAACUCAAAAAGUAUUGACCUGGUGAAAAAACUAUAGAACAAAAGUUGCUUAGAAUUAACCAGUUUAUCCAAUUCCGGACUUAUUUUAAAGGUUUCUUUUUUCACCUCCGAAACGGGGUGAAACUCACCCCCAGGGUAAAAGCACACAUCGGCACAAUAUCACUUAUUUUGUUUGACAUGUUAGCUACGUGCAUGUCAAAUUUCAUGUCAUUCCAAGUGGUUUUUAAAAUUUAGAGCAAAACCGUGAGUAAACGUACUAUAAACCGUUAUUUUGUAAUAAUUUAUUAAUAACAAAGUCGGAACGUGGUUUAAGCUAUCACGACUAGUGACAAUCGAUUUAGCUUAUAAAAAUACUAAGAAAAAGACUACAAACUUGCUGUAGAUAACGCAUUUUGAGCUUUUCGGCGAAUAAACAAUUACUUUGUUAUUAACAAAAUAAGAACACAUUUUGAGUAAUCGCGACUAGUCGCAUUCGAUUCAGCGGCCAAAAAUACACCAGAGAAGACCUUAACACUAUCAGUUUAUUUACAGGGCUUCUAAUAAUUCCUAAAAAACACCUAAUUUCACCAUAAUUUGUUAAUAACAAUUAAACGCAACACAUUUGGGCUUCCAGGCCACUUCCAUUGGAUUCAGCGACCCAAGAAACCUAUAAUACCACCAUCAAAUCGCGGCGACCUAAAAGUGUACACGGAACCCCCUAUGUUCCGACUAGACUAUUAGGAGUAUUGGUCGAACAUAUUUUUCAAAUAAUUCGGCAUGUUGCUCUUGAAGGUGUCUUAUGAGUUUUAAAUGCAGCCCAUGAACUACAGCUGCAGUGAUUCUUCUUUGAAUUUCAGUUGUUUUGUUGUCCCUGGCAAUUCGUAUUUCAUAAAACAUAUUUGAAUGAAUAAAAAUUGCCUUUUAUUUCUUCGAUUUCGACAUGCUAAAAAAAUAUGAGAGAGCAAAAUUGUUUUUGUUUUGUUUUGUUUUGUUUUAGUACAGUUUUUAUCUUGAUCAAAAUUAAUGCUUCACUCUGAAACGCAUUGUGACUUUUUCAGAACUUAAUCGGACUAUAAGUAUAUUAUAAAAUGGAUAUACAGAGUAACCAAAAACAUUUCUGGUUCAAGCUUAUUGCAGAAACGUCUAGAAAAUUAGUGAAUCAUAAAUCUGUGAUAGCAUAAAGAUAGUAUUCAUAUUUUUGGUCGAGCAUUGAGCAAAUUACGCUUUCUUUAUAAGGAAUUAACAAUUCUGAGUAGUCAUCACUUUUAACAUUAUCCCAGAUAUGGCCUAGAGAGCUCAUAACUGAUUUUAUUCUCCUGUAGUGCUGAAUGAUGUAGUGAAUUUAGUGGAUUUGGUUACAUUAUAAACAGAAAAGCCAAAAAUAUUAACAAGGUCGUUUUUAUAUAUAAUUUAUUUGCUGCGAUGGCUUAAGAAUACUUGGUGCAGUUAGGUCCGCUUUGGAAAGAACUUUUGCAGUCUUCCAAUCACUCGUGUUCAUGUUCACCCCGAUAAUGACACUUGUGAAGAAUGUAUCUACUUUUGAAAUGACAUAUGGGGUUAAGAAGGUGUGAUGAAAUUAUAAGGAUCGUUUCCGAAUCAUUUUCUCUAAUGUAUAGCCAAAAAAUAUCACAGCUUUUUUUAAUAUUAGUUGGUUUCAUUGUUUUAUAUUAUCCAUAAUUAGUAUAAAACUAUUCUAAUUUGUCGUGAGUUACUCGUCUUAAAACAUAUUUAUGGUUGUCUUUAGUAAUUGUGUUACAGUGUGGCAGCCCUGUAAUUUUAAAUCUUCUUAAGGGCACCCGAAAUCCCAUUUAACGACAAUGUUAACCUUAUGUCACGUAUCUCCGUAACCAAAGCACUUAGAGACCUAAUUUUUCUUUUAUUUUGAAACUAGAUGUAUUUUUUAGUCCCGCGUAGAUUUUUGUAAAGUUAGAGUGAAAGAAACAUUUAUCUUAGAAUUUUUUAAAAUACUCUUACAAAAAACCCAAAAACGUUUGGAUUUAAUUUUUUAUUUUACUUGUUUUUCUCCAUUUUUCAAUAGAAUUCAGUAGAAUUUAUCUAUCUACAACUACUGUAAAAAUUUAGAUUUUCUAUCAUCUAAGGAUCCAGAGGUAUAAAAGUUAAAAACCUAGUAUUCGGGAAAUCGCAAAAACAUAAAACACUGUAUACCCUAUUCCACGAACAUACGCCUGUUUUGGAUUACUUCGACAACGAAUAUUUUACUGUGCAAAAUAAGAAGAACGAAAGUAAAUUGUAAAUGACAUUGUUGUUUAUUGGAAUAAUUAUUAGCUCCAUUUACUUUCGUACUUCUUAUGUUGAACAGUAAAAUAUUCGUUGUCGAAGUAAUCCAAAACAGGCGUAUGUUCGUGGAAUGGCCCAUAAUAGGCUAUAAAGCUACCGGUACACGGUAAGUUGAGUGCAGACGUUCAAAAAACAAAUAAUUUUGUAGUCAUGGAUAUUUUAUACUAUAAUGUGUUAUAUAUCGUUGGAAAGAGAAGAUUUCAGAGAAUAAUUUUCAAUCAUAACCCAAAAAAAAUUAAAAAAUUUAAUUUUCGGACUUGGCUGCCCUUAAAGUGCCCUCUGCUCAAUAGAGUUUGGCUACUAGAAUUACAAACUCUUGUCUGUCUUCAGCUGUUCUUAUUAGCUGUUUAAAAUUUAGCCCUGUUCUCUCUCUUUAGUCCUCUCUUUCCCUGAAUCUUUCCUUUCAGUAUUAGUUUAGCAUAUUUGUCCUCAUUAUUUCUUAUGCCUCCUCUACACAUCGGCAGACGCGUCCGCGGAUGUAUCAUAACAGGCUGACCACACAUCUGAAGGUCGUUCAGUCUGUGGCACUGAAAUCCUUUGAUCUGUGCUGAAAAAACCGACAAGUAUCGGAUGUGUUGCAGAUGCGUCUGCCGACGUGAUAUUCAUACAUCCGCAGACGCAUCUGCCGAUGUGUAGUGGAGGCAUAAGUAUGUGGCCUAGGUGUGAUGUUUUUCUAACUUUCACUAUGUUUUCGGCCCUUGCGUAUUCUGUGCAGCAUUUCUUCGUUUGAGGUAUGCGCAUGAAAUUUUGAGGAUUCUCUGGUAUGUCCACAUUUUAAAGACCUCCAAUUUAUUUAUGGUUGAUGUUUUAAGGGUCCAUGUCUCAACUGCAUAGAAAAGACUCGACCAGACGUAGCAUUUUGAUAAACGUAGUUGAAUUUCGAGUUUUAUUCGAGAAUCGCAGUCUUUUGAUUUGUUCGAAAGAUUUUCUCUUAUAUUCUUAAUCUUUCUGGAUUCUCUAUAUUUCUGGACCAGGAUUUAGGUUGCUAUCGAUUCAACAUCCCAGGUACUUAAAUUUUUAUUUAAUAUGUCCGUUUAUUGUGCAGGGUUGAGGUACAUUUUGGAUUUUACGAAUUAACUUUGGUUUUCUUAAUGUUGAUUUUCAUACCAAAUUGCUCACAUACCAAAUUGGUCCUGUCGAUGAGUCGUUGUAGACUUAGCCCGAAUCAGCAAUUUUAAUACAAUAAUUAAUUGGCAGUAAAUUGUUUAGUGGUCGACAGGCUAGGAAAAAAGCUUCAUUGCUUCUCUUUGUGAGUGUACUGCAUUAUAGUCCGUCCGCUAUAACUUUUCCCAUGCGGUACAAUUCAUUUUCAAUCAAAUUAACUCAAAACAGAAAGUGAAACGUACGCCGAUGUGUCUAGUAUAUAGUAUACAGUAUACAAAAUGUAUAUACACAUCGACGUUCGUUUCAAUUUACGUUUUGACUUAAUUUGAUUGAAAAUGAAUUGUACCGCAUGGGAAAAGUUAUAGCGGACGGACUAUAUGUAAAGUUUUCUACUAUGUACAAGUAAUUCAUUCAUGUAUUUACUAUAUUCGGCCAUUUCAUUUAGUGAAUAUAAAUUCAGAAUCGGUCUUAGUACUUGAAUAGUGCUAAAAGUGUUUUAACACUAGUUCCAGAUAUAUGAUUCACUUGUUACAACUCCAGAUGAUUACUGACCCUGUGAUACUGUUAUAACUGUCUAUAUUUAUAUAUAACUAUAAAUAAGCUUGCGACAGAACUUAUUCUCCUGUAUAUAAAGCGAGAGGAAAGACUUGAACAGGAAAAUGUACAUAGUUCUUUUCUUUUUGAUAAGUAUUAGUAUAAAUAUGAAACAGCUAUGUAAUUAGUAAGUUACCAAAAUGUGCAUAAAUGAUUAUGUAAAGGAUAUUUUCUAAUAUCCUCUAAUUGUGUAAUUAUGUAGUAACGGAAUUUUGAAUUCCGUUACAGCCAAAAUUGUAUAAAUUUUCAGAACUUCUUUUUGCAGGAUCUUUAAGAAGUAUACUUUCUAUUGAGAUUAUUGUUUUAACUUUUGCAGCAUCUUUAAAUAACAUUAUAUUUUACUAGUAUAAAAUAAUUUCUUUUUCGAUACACGAUAUUGAUAAAAAAAUGUUGGUAAAAUAAAAAACUGAAACUAAUAUAUGUCACUGAACUAAAAAAUCAGUGAAACUAGUGCCUAUGGAACUUGCCGAAGACUAUUUUAGCUCAUUUUUUAUUAUUGAAGAAGCUUGUUGGUUUUACUAAUGUUUUAUAUUUAUUUUUAGUGGUUUUUCUUCAUUUAGUACCACAUUCUUAUAAAAUUGUAGAAACUUAGUUGAUUGAAUUUUCUUAGUAUCGUCACGUAAAUGUGGUGUGUAUUUAUGCGGAACUAGAUUGACAAAUGCUUUAACCAUAAAAUUCAUUUCUCUAAAUGUAAUAUGGAUCUAAAUAUAAAAUAAAAAAAAUCGAUUAUUUUUGAAAUUAUUAAGUGUCCAAAUCCAAGUUCAAACGUUCAUAUAUUAGUUCCAUAUGAGAAUUUUGGGUUAAUUUUCGAACAAGUUUUAACAAAACUAUUCCCAGUUCACGAGAUAGAAUUCUGCAUCUAAUAAGAAGUUAUGUUAACAAACAAGAAUACAGUGCCGGCAAUAUAUCUUUACAAACUGAAUAAAAUGCAAAAACCAUGAUAAUUCUUAUUUUAAUUUUACAAAUUUAUACUUUGUCAUAUCACUCUUGUAGUCGAUGACAAGUUGCAUUCUCGUGGGCGUAGAUUAAGCCAGAUUCAAGAAAUAUUCUCCUUCCUUGGUUACCUACUUUUGGACUCCUCUUUCAGCGGAUUUAUGUUGCUCAGUCGACUCUCUUAAACUAUUCAUAAUAUUCCAGGUAUUCUCGAUGAGAUUAAGGUCGGGCAAGUCACUCUGCCAUUCCAAUACGUUGAUAUUGUGUUCAUUUAAGAACUAUGUCACUUUAUUGGCAUUGUGAGCAUGGGUACCAUCGUGCAUAAAGAAGUCACAUUCGUGAAUUUCCCAAAAGUUCAAUAAAAUGUUGUUCUAGAACAGUUACAUAGUUGCUUGCCUCCUUGAACAUUCUUAGGCAAAAAAUGCAAUCCUGCCCUUCAUUGACUUCCAACAAACGCACCUCAUACCAUUAUAUUUUCAUGAUGUUUGACGGUUUUAACUGUGAACUUUGGAUCGUACCUUGAAGCGGUCAGUGGACGACGAACAAAUUUGGAGCUUCCUCUUUCUAACACGAACGUACUUUCGUCACUGAGCCUGACUUUUUUUCCACUGUUCAGCUGUCCAGUGCUGAUACUUUUUACAGAAAGCUUAUUUUAUGUUGCUUUUGUAAGUAUAAGGACUUCUUUGCAGCACGUCGACUUGACAUCUUUCUCAAGCCGGUGACGAAUCGUUCUUAUUGAAACGUUCUGAAGAAGAGCUUAUUUUUAAGUUCCGUGGCAGUGUUUGUAAGAGUUGAACAUUACUGCACGGCUGAUGAUGGUGUCAGUCCUGGAUGAUGUUUUUUUAAGAACUUCAGAACCAGGUUUUCUUUCCAGCACUGUCCCUGAAAGCAACGACGCAGCCGUCCGUUUCAAUUGAUAAAUUGCCUCUCUUGAAACACCAAUAUCACGUACUACGCCAUAGUGAUGUUGAAAAAGUAACUAUUCGUUACAAAGUACUCGUUACUUACGAAUACCGAAAGUAACGAUUACUAUACUGAGAGGCAAAUCGUUACUUUGAUUACUCUGAUUACUUCGUAACAAUCGUAUCAGAGCGAGUAACGACUAUUGUAUCUAGUUUGAUUACUCUGAUUACUUCGUACCAAUCGUAUCAGAGCAAGUAACGACUAUUGUAUCUACUUUGAUUACUUCGUACCAAUCGUAUUAGAGCGAGUAACGACUAUUGUAUCUACUUUGAUUACUCUGAUUACUUCGUACCAAUCGUAUCAGAGCGAGUAACGACUAUUGUAUCUACUUUGAUUACUCCGAUUACUUCGUACUAAUCGUAUCAGAGCGAGUAACGACUAUUGUAUCUACAACUAGUACACUUGAUUACUUUCUAGUUUAUAGACUGACCGGAAAAUGUGGAAAUGAUAAUAUUUCUACAAUUGUUAUAUCUGAGAUAAUGUUAUAUCGGAAUACUUAUACAAAAUACCUACCUACUGAGAAAUACCUACGAUUUUCGAUAUGAUUACCGGUACUAAAUUCAAAAGCAACAAAAAUAAUCAUAGUAAUCAAAGUAACGAAUACUGUAAAUUAUUACUUUAUACAAAAGUAACGGUUUGUAACGAAUACAUACUCGAAAGUAACUAUAAUCAACAUCACUACUACGCUAGUUACAGAGUCCCCUUUCUCAAGUAAAGUUAAAGCACGAACUUUCUCUGCAUUUGUGAAUUUCUUUCGACUCACAUUUUUCAUUUCGAUUAAGAAUUUAAUAUCUCAAACUUUCCUCAGUAAGUGAAAAGAAGUUAUUCUUCUUGCGCCACUCCUAUCGGAGAUUGGAAAUCAUCAACGCUAUCCUGACCUUGUUUACAGCUGACCUAAAGAGUUCAUUAGUGGUGCAGCCAAACCACUCUCUCAAAUUUCGCAACCAUGACAUUCUUCUACAGCCUGGGUUCCAUUUUCCUUCUGGAAAAGAAGUUAAACCUUGACUACUCGUACAAAGUAAGUAUGUACACGUACACUAUAAACGCGCAGAAUAAACUAAACAAACUAAGCCAUCAGUAAAAGACAGACAGCUACCAUCGCGAGAAUGUUAUCCCGUCUCCCCUCAAGUGCAGACAGAAUUUAGUGAUUUAUUUGGCAAGGUAAAGAUUUUUUGUCGUCACUGUAAUGGUACUAAAAUCUCAACAACAAAAUCUUUUACUACUGAAAUUCUGUAGGGUCCUUUGGGCGCUCCAUUGUGAUAAAAUAAUUAAAUGCUUAAUGGAAUCAGAAGCUUUUCUAAAAUUAAGUAUUUCUCAAUGUUGUCUUUUAAAACUUUAGCUUGAAUGGUGUCCAUAGGACUAGUAAUUUUAGCUAUUACAUAAACGGGUGAAAUACUAUUUAAAGAUCUCAUUGUGAUAUUAAUUUUUUUUUUUUUUGAUAAAUUUCAAUUUGUAAACUUUGAAUUUUUUAAUGCAGUGUGUAAAUUUUAUUUGGCAAAUAAAUUUUUAAAUCAGACUGCGCACUUCUUAAAUAUCUAUUACUGCACUAUGUAUAUACACUUAUAUUUUAGAAUGAUUCGAUUGCUUAGCCAAAACAUAAAAAGUAUAUGUAUGGCCAGAACGCAAAAUCGCUUUACUGUUUUUGUUUCAGCCUAACAUAUACUAAUAUUUUAUAUCUAUAUUUUUAUACGUAUUAUUCCAAUUCCAUUUUGCCGCGAAACCGAUCCCUAUAUACACUAAAGUUUUUUUCUUCCCUCGCUAUUUAUUUUACAAUUUUAUGAUAUAAAAACAUAUCUAAUCUUUGUAUACAUUCGUUUGUAUUGAAUGAUUCAGUAUCGUUUGUAUUAUGUAUACUUAUUUUAUUGUAUAUGUACCACUAGUUAUAUUUAAUAUUUUUUUAAUAUACUCUUGUUGCAA